AUGAAUAAUCGUUGGGAUGCAUCUCCAAAAAGCCGUUUACCAUGGUUGCCACCGAAUUUUUCAAGUUUAAGUAGAAAUUAUGGAUUACCUGGUGGUAAGAUCCUGUAUGAGGAACAUAACGCCAAGGGCUCUUUCUUUCAUAAAAAGCCUGUAAAACUGACAAAGAAUGGAAAGGAAUACAGAAGUUUAUCAGAAACAUACACAACUCGACGUGGAGAACUAUUCAUCUACCCAGCAUCACUUGCAGUGAAGCAACUGAAUACGACAGUCAAAGUUAAGGAACUCACUUAUCUGACUGAUGGGUACAGGAAACGAACAAUGUUAGCUGAAGGAGUUGGAUUUCGUAGCAAACAACACAGAAACAGAACCGGAAUAUUAGGAGUACUAAGACAAAACACAAGUUUUUCAAACUCCUAUUUAUCGUAUGCAAGAGAAGCUAUUCCAGCUGAGGUUGUCAAUCAGGGAUUAAGUAUCAAGGAAUUUUUAAGCAAUAGAUCCCGAAAACCUGAAGAUGCCAUAGGAGAUCAUAACAAAACAACUAAGACAAUGGACAAAACAACAGAAACGGAGCAAACAAAAGUAACCAAUGCAAAGUCUGAUAAGAAGCUUAGUAUACUAUCAGUCAGCGACAUAAUGACAGAUGGACAUCACAGUACAAUAGAGCAAGCAUCACCAAUAAUAGCACCACGAUUAUCAACAUUUAGUAAAUCUGACAAUGAAAACUCAAACAACACAAUGAAAGAUAAAAAUAAUCAACAUCUGUUAAACUCUAAUCCCGAGAAUAAUAGUUUAUCAGUUCUUAGCGGUAGAUGGAGUAAUUCAAGUAUUUCUGAAACAGUAGACAGCUUUAAAAUCGAUUUGCGAGAAACACAAGAAGGGUUUAAUGAGCAGGAUGGUUCAGCUGAGGAUACAAAUUAUUCUGAUAAUGUCAAUCAAAAUCAUGAAGAUAACGAAAGUGCACGUAGCAGUCGAAUAGAUAUUAAUCUACUUCAGGUGAAUAUGAACGCUUUAUGCACAGAAAGCAGAACGGGUAUAGUUGAAGCCAGUUCAAACGGCCAAGCACAACGGACUCCAAGUUUUACUACAGCUGUUACCACAACUGCUACAACAUGCGCAAGUAGUCGUUUAUCUAGGACUAGUGUUAGUCUGCAUCCACCAUACUCCCCGAAUCGUACAACACCAGCAUCUACACCAUCAAGACGACAAACAACUUGUCAUCAAAUCAGUUUAUUGGAGACAGCGAAAAUGUUGCUAUCAGAGUCCAGUAAACUAGAAUCGAUCACUCCAAUACGUGAACAGUUGGUUAGACCUUUAAAUGACGAACAGAUGAUUUGCUGUGGAGAUGCUGGAGAAGGCAGUGGUUCAGAUCGUAUCAAAGCAAGCAUUGAACGACGACGAUAUCAAGAAGCUGUUGAACUGCAAAAGCAAAUCCGUUUGUUGAACGAGACAACUAGAGAUUUGUACAAUCGAGCUAAGGAGAAAACCGGCCAUCUGAAUUCACUUAUACAAGAUACACUGAGUCAAAUGAAGUCAAUGAGAGAAGAAAAACUUCAGCAGAGAAAUUUGAAGUCCAUACAAAAGCGCAAAAUCACACGAGAGUUAUUCUUACGUCAACUCCGUUAUCGACAAAUACGUAAACAAAGACUACGCGCGAAACUUGGUGUAACUGCUGGGAGUCGACUCUAUCGUGUAGGCCGAAAUUCUGUGCAUGAAGGUUUGCCUACAGUUUUACUAAGCAAGGAAAUAUCAGAAGCUGAAGCACUGAAACAAUGGGAGAUAAAUGAAGAUCUGAGAGAUCAGGCUGAAUCUAAUGUCAUUUUUCGAAUGGAGGAGAAUGCACUUCAGAACGCCACAGUAAAGUUGAAGUGUUUGAAAGAAAAGGCCGAUAGACAGUUGGGUUAUUUAGAAGACCUUAUGCAAUUUGGAAUGAAUUCAGCUGGAGAGAUGCAAGGAAAUGAAAUCGGCGAAAUCAACUUGUCUCGGCUACGUGUGAAACAUUUGCAGCUAGUCAUUCUAUUAAACCACUAUGGAAUUAUGCCUGAAGAUGUUGGAGCAUACAAGUUUUGCACGAAAGAGCAACUACAAAUCGCACAACAGAAUCACAUAGCUAAUAUACCAUCAGAUAGUGGAAUUGUGUUGCCCAAUUUAUGGGCUGAGUUGCAGGAAGACCAACUGCACAAAUAUCUGAAGUCUGCCCUAUGUCACUUUCAAAAAGUGUUGGAACAGGUUAAUCGUACGAAUGUUUCACAGGAUGAAAUUUCACCAGGUGUUCAGAAAAGGCGUCAGUGGCACCGAGAUUCAGAAUAUUUAAACACAUUCAGUAGAAUGAUUACUCCAGCUGUAUUUUCGUAUUUCGACUACUGGAAACAGCCCUUACCAUCACUGACUAUGGAUGUACUGACUGACGUUUUACCAGACAAAACUUCAAGUCGAAGAUCCCAAUUUCGGAAUCCAAUGAAUAAAUACUCGAAUUUUAGGAGUGAUCUGAAAAAGUUGAGUAAAUUUCUGGUUCAUCCAAAUGGGCAUGGAAAUGCCAGAAAUCACCAGACAGAAGGUAAAGCCGCAUAA